ACAAACACGGGUUUUGAUUUAAAUAAUUUGGGAUUGGCAUUUGCUAGAAACAUUAUUUAAAACCAGUUACUUGGUCAUACAACAUAUAGAGCGAUACACGCUCUAUUAUAAAACGUACGUAUUGUUUGUUCGGAGGCGCGCCGUUGUUGCUUGAUUUGUCGUUAGCUAACUAGCUAACUUUCUUUCGCUGGGUGGUUAGCAUUGUUGUCCACUGCACAACAACUGCACUGUCAGCGGUUUAGUUAUACGUCAAAAAUAAAAAGUAGCGUUGUAUUUAUACAGCAUGUGAAAACAUGAGUGUUGCAAUGGCAGCACGAGUGUUACAAUGACUCAUGUUGUGACCAGAUAUUGAAAUGUAGCACUGAGCAUAAUGGUUUUAAAAGGUUUAUUUUUUUAUUGAACAAAAACCUAUACCGUUUUAAAUGUGAGUCAUACAAUAAAGAGGCCUGGGAACGUGUUUCUUUAAACCCCGUAGGAAAGGGUGACCUUUACUCAUCACUGCACAUUUGUUUGUGUGACAUGUGUAAGUUUGUCAUGUCCUUAUUGGAGCCAGAAUGGGAGAUGCUGCUGUUCUUGCCCUUUUGUUACGUAUCUCUGUUUUCUAUCAAAUCACACAUUCAGCUGCCAAUAAUCUCCUCAAACAGCUCUCACUCACAGAGGAGACAUGCACCUACAGGAGAGUGGAGGCAGAGGAAUCAGGAGCAAUGGCGAGGAGAAGACAGAGGAUCAGUGAGACAGGAGGAGGGUGAGAUUCCUGAACAACAGAGUAAAGGGGCAGUGCCCAGAGGGACCUGCCCGACCAUGUGUCCUGCUCAUGAGCUGCAGGCCCGAGAGAAGCAGAAUCGCCUUCACCGUUUUGAGAUUUUAGCAGGAACUGAAAGAUAUAAACGGCCCACUGGCGAUCCCUUACGUGCUGUCAAGGAGUAUUCUAGACCAGCAGCUGGGAAAGAUGCAACAAACCCCAUUGAGCUACGUCCACCUGCAGUCUUGCGGAAAACUGUAUGUUACCUUAUUGAUGAAAUCGCUGCUUCCCCAAACCUGCAUCCUUGGACGGAGGUGUACAGCUUUGUUUUUGAUCGGCUGCGUAGUGUGAAGCAGGACAUGAUCAUCCAGAGGGUGUCUGGUUUGGACUGUGUUUCUAUUUUGGAGAAGACCGUACGUUUCCUCAUCUACGCCUCUUUUCGUCUUUGUGGUGAACCGCUGCGGCUCUAUGACCCACGUAUUAAUGACACACACCUGCAGGAAAAUCUGAGCUGGCUUUUUGAUUGCUAUGAAGCAAGGACAGAAUUGCAUCCCAAUGAGGAAGAGUUUCAAGCUCUUGGUCUUCUUUACAACUUGGGGUCAACUCUUGCAACACAACAUAUCGUGACACUCCCGAAGCAGCUCCGCAGCACUCCUGCUAUCAAGCUUGCACUUUCCAUCAACCGGGCUUUUCUGGAGCGAAACCCUGUACGUUUGCUUCGAUUGACUCAGAAGUUGAACUUCCUGCAGUGCUGUGCUCUCCACCGACACCUGGUGACCUGUCGAAGAGAUCUGCUGCACAUAUUCAGCCAUGGAUACAGCAGCCGCAACUGUCACUUUCCUCUUGACAGGCUAGCCCAGCUCUUGUUCUUAGACAAGUCACUUACAGCCCAACUCUGUCUGGAUUAUGGAGUGGAGGUUUCCCAAGGCAAUCAUGUGAUUUUCUCAAAGGCUGCUUUCACUGAGCCUGAACAAGGCAAAGUGCGCUGUAAACUGUAUCACAGCAUAGUAGCGGAGAAAAACAAAGACCUCACUGUUGGAAGUAUCAUUAAUGGUUUCGACUGAGACGAAUGGAAGAUACUUUUUAAUACAAAUAAUGCUUUUGAUAUUGAAUUUCAUUGUGGAUUUGAUUGUUGACUUCUGUGCCACUAGCAUGGUUUAGGACGUGUCCAACAAUGCUUCUGUGGUGCAGCUAUUUUGUUAUUAAACGGACUGUUAUUCUAUUCUUGUUGAAUUUGAGCCUUAAAGCAUCAUUUUACAGUUGCUUGACACCAGUACGUUUUACCACAAACAUUUCUCAGAUUAUACAGGUCACAAGUCUAGCAUUACUGUCAGAGGUUAUUGUUGGGUCAAGGGAUUAUCAUACUCAGAAAGGCUGAAUGAUGAAAAAGUUCCCUCCUGGUUCUUGAUAUCUCCUUAAAUCCCCAAUUCCCCAUGAACUCUGUGCGGAAAUGCAGGUAUGUGGAUAGUUUUUUUAUGAUGUGACUGUUUUCAGGUUAAAUUCUUAGUGUUUAAAUGUAUAAAGCAACACUGUUACCUUUGCAGGUUACGUUAUCACUGUAGCAAACCAGCCGUGAUGGAAUUACAUUUUACAUGACUACCAAGUAUUGUUUUGUUGGUUGUUGAUACAUUAUUUAUUUUUCGGUUCACAAAGGCAAAUCUAAUAACGCACUCGAAAUUGUGAACCAUAGUCAUGUGAUCCACUCAGCUGUUUGUCAGAUGUGAAGAGUGUAGGUUAAUGUUCAUCUGUUCUGAUGCGGGUGUAGAUGAGAACUUUGAGGCUGUAGCCAUCACGUCCAGCGAAACGCUCGAUAGUUCACUUGCAAGCGUUCACACCAAUCCAAUCGACUAAACCAGGCUGGUGAGAUUAUACUCUUAGUGACCUCUAAAGGCGAAGCUGGAGAUUGUUAUAAAUUGAGGACUCUUGCACUGACUCUGCCCUUUCCCAAGAGCCUUUUCAUACCAGGAAAGAUGGCAUUUUCAUAUGUAUGAUAUGCAAGUUUCCACAAAAGAUAAAAUCCAUGCUCUGGCUGGUUUGUCCGUUUGGGCUGGUGUAGAUAGAGCGGCCUCUGUUAGAGCAAAACCCUUACCUCAAUACAGCAUAAAAGUUUUAUUUUAAGGCUAUUUAAAGGGCAUUACUAAAAUGGGUAGGAUAUUCAAUAUCAUAUAAACCCUGGUAAACGUUACACAUAAAAUUGCACAGUGAUGCUUUAAUGUCUGACUUUUAUUUUUUCUGAAAAAACUUAAUGGAAAGUCUAAUGUAUAACAGUGUUGAUUUAUUAUGACAAAUGGAGUACCUCAGAAACUUCAAUAAAGUGCUACGUAAAAGAA